CCCCUUCAGCAUGUGUCAAUACGUGUUGGUUUACCCGGUAAUGCGCACUUAAAAAUGCUCAGAUGUCAAAGUUGCCGGCAUCAACACAUGUGAAUAAGGGGGGGGGGACUUUGGAUCAACAUACGGACUUUCAUGUUGGGAGCAAAGUUCGAUGUACUGAUUAUUGUAUUUUUAGCGAUAUAUUAAUGUUAGACUUAUAAAUAUAAGCCAAAACGUAUGGAAAGUUGAUGCAAGUUACAAAAACUUCUUAUGAUAUCCAGUAUUGUGUUUAGAACAGUUUUAUCACUUUUUUAAAUCUGAAAGUUAACUUGCUUGUGUCUCAAUGGCGUUAAGAGCAGUACGCAGCCUCGCUUCUCUUUCAAAUCCUAUUAGGACCUACUCAACAAGUGGCCCUCUGGUUAACGUCAGCAUUAACGAAAAAACCGGAAUUGCAACAGCAACACUCCAAAGGCCCCCUGUAAACAGUCUGAAUUUGGAACUCUUGACAGAACUAUGCAGCACUCUGGAACAACUGGAGAAAAACAAAAGCAGAGGUUUAAUUUUAACCUCCAGCUCAAACACCGUCUUCAGCGCAGGUUUAGAUAUUUAUGAAAUGUACAAACCUAACAUGGAUCGCUAUAAACAAUUUUGGACAACUCUGCAGCAAACCUGGAUUAAUUUGUAUGGCAGCUCGUACCCUACAGUUGCUGUUGUUAAUGGUCAUGCUCCUGCUGGGGGAUGUUUGUUAGCCCUGUCGUGUGAAUACAGAAUAAUGUUAAAUAAUUUCACAAUUGGCUUGAAUGAAACAAAGCUUGGAAUGAUAGCCCCGACUUGGUUUGCAGCAUCUAUGCGAAAUGCAAUUGGAACCAGGCAGACUGAAUUAGCGUUAAUUACUGGAAAUCUUUUUACUACUGAUGAGGCUUUAAAAAUAGGGUUGGUGGAUGAAGUUGCUCAAAGUAAAGAUGAAGCUCUUGAAAAGGCUGGAAAGUUCUUCGAUAAGUUUAAAAGAAUUCCUCCUCAUGCGAGGACAAUGACUAAAACAUUGUUACGUGGAGCCGAUAUUCAGGCUUUGGUUAAAACUAGAAAUGAAGAAAUGAACAAAUUAACCGCAUUCAUAAAUGAUCCAAAAUUACAAGAAGCAAUUGGUAUGUAUUUGGAAUCGCUGAAACAGAAGCAGAAUAAAUGAUUUCGUCAUAAAAAAUUGUUAUAUCUUUAUAGCUACUUAUAUAACUACAGAUUUUAUAUUAUUUUGCUAAUUUUACAAACGUACGAAAUACAAAUGUUAAAAGAGUAAA